UUAAUUGUGGGAUCCGCGCACACUAUAUUCUUGGCUCUGCAAUCUUGCAAACUUUCUAUAAUUUUUUCUUGGAGGAUCUCCAAACCUGAUUCACCAAAAUGAAGAUUUUUGAAUGGAUGCAAAACAGGAUCAAUGGAACCAAUGGAAAAAGGAAACAAACUAGCUCGAUUUCAACCAGCCAUUACAUGAGGCAGGAACCUAGCAAACAAGAGUUCAGUGACUGGCCUCAAGCACUCCUUGCAAUUGGAACAUUUGGGGGUAACAACUUGAAAGAAGAUUCGGGUGGAAGGAGUAACAACAACACUGCAGAGGAUUCAUCUUCCUUUCAGGAUUGCAAGCAAGAGGUCACGCUUGAAGAUGUUGGAAAUCUUCAGAAUGAGUUCAGCAUAUUUUUCAAGGGGCCAAAUUUGGCAGGUGAACAAGAAGAACAGACCAAUGAUCUCAUCAAGGAACGUUUGAACCCUGAAGGUAAAGAAAAUGAGUCUCCUUGUGAUGGCUCCAAUGUCAACCGUGGUAGUUUCUACCCAAGCAAUAGUCUAAUAUAUAGCAGGGGGGAAGAUUGUUACUUGGAUCAUAACAAUAAGAGAGGUGUUAGCAAGAAAUCACUUUCUUUUCUUCUCAAGAAGAUGCUAGCUUGCAAAAGUGGAUUUCAACCUACCCCUUUGUUCAAAGAUCCACUUUCCACUGAGUCCAGAAUUGAGAAGAUUUUGAGGGCCAUACUUCAGAAAAAGAUAUAUCCUCAAGGUUCAUAUUCAACAACACCCUUUAUAAAGAAGUACCUUGAAACCACCUCAAUUCCUCGGUUUGAUGAUGACGAGGAGGAGGAGGAUGGAGAUGAAGAGGAACUUGAUACAGCUGCAGAAAAUGGAAGUAAAUGGGUCAAGACUGAUUCUGAAUAUAUCGUUCUUGAGAUAUGAUUGGCUUCUCCUGUAUUACUCUGGCUGUAUAUGCUCAACUCUGCACAUGAAGCUAGUAGCAUAAAAAGGAGAUGAAGUGUGUACCUACUAUUUUUAUGAAUCACGCCAAGGAAAAGGUGACAAACUGGAAGAAGAAUCGGAAAAAAAGUUUAUAUUUUAAAACAUUGUAGCCCAUGAAUGUGAGAGAACAUAAUCCAGUUUCUUACGGGAGAUCUUAACUUCUAUAUUGUAAUAAAAGUGUG